AAAUUACUUUUUAACACUCUUUAAUUAGUUUGGCCCCCACCUAAUUCUCUUCUCUUUCUCUUUCUCUUUCUCCCAAAUGCUCAACUAUAUCCUCUCACUCUCUUUUUCUUUGUCUCCUCACUUCUUCUGCAACUUGGCAACAAGAAGAGGUAUGGUAUUAUGAUAUUCUGUGUUUUGAGGCAAUAAGCUUUUUUCUUAAAAGCUUAGAAAAACAAAAACAAAAAACAAAAAUCAAAGUUAGUGAAAUCUUAUAAUGCCAGUUCCACUAGCACCAUAUCCAUCACCACCAGCAGCAGCACCAUAUACAACUCCACCUUCAAAUGGUGCACAAAGCCAACUAGUAUGCUCUGGAUGCCGGAAUCUUUUACUGUAUCCGGUCGGGGCUACCUCGGUAUGCUGUGCUGUUUGCAAUGCAGUCACAGCAGUACCGCCACCCGGCACAGAAAUGGCUCAGCUUGUGUGUGGAGGUUGCCAUACUUUACUAAUGUACAUAAGAGGAGCAACAAGUGUGCAAUGUUCUUGUUGUCACACUGUUAAUCUUGCCUUGGAAGCAAAUCAGGUGGCACAUGUGAAUUGUGGGAAUUGCAGGAUGUUGCUGAUGUACCAAUAUGGGGCAAGAUCUGUGAAAUGUGCAGUUUGCAAUUUUGUGACAUCAGUUGGGGUCCCAACAACAACCACAACUGAACAGAAAUUCAAUGGCUAAAAAUAUCAAACACUUGAAAUGAAUUGAUGAUCAUAUCAUAUCAUAUCAUGUCAUGAGGCUAUAACUAUAUAAGAAGAAGAUGAUAUGUCAAAUAAUCAGAGAAUUUUUUUUCUCUUCUCUAAGUGAUCUCAUCCAUUGUAUAGAGUUUUUUCUUCUUCUUUUUUUUUUUUCCCACUUUUGUGUGACCCUUCCAAAAGAAUAAGUAGUUUUCUUUUUUCUUAUGUGAGAAUGACUUUUAGAGUGUGAGUGUUCAUGAAAAUCUUCGGAUAAGGAUAAAACUAUGUCACCAAUUUUCUUUUUCACGUUAUUGUUUGGACAAAUUUGCUGUAUUGGAUUAAUUAAUGUCAUUCUUAUAUUGAGAAAAUGAAAAGGAAAAAAAAUUUCUUUUGAAA